CGUAUAAAACAUUCUAACGUCAGCAUCGAGAUUAGUCAAUCCUCGUCAGUCGGAUCACUAUAGCUCCGCGACUGUUGUAGAUACAGAAUCACAGCUCCGUGAUUAUUGUGGAUAUUGUGAAUACAGAAUUGCGAUUCCAGAAGGUGGCCAUGCCGAAAGUGACAAUAAAAUGACACGUCAGUCACGUUCGCGUGCGGCAAUGGAACGGACGUGCGCUCACGGAAAAUCAACGGUUGCUGCUACCACCUUUCUGACCCCGAAGACUACGCGACUACACUAUAAGAACGGAUAUCGGUGCGGUAACGACGGCAUUUUCGACCGUUUUUCGGUGCCGUUCGGGUCGUCUUCGGAGCCGGAGCCGUUCGUAAUUAAAUAGCGUGUGUCACAUGUGAAUUUUCUUGAUUUCCCAAGUGCAUACGUCUGAUUGGCAGUGUAUCAUGGCACCGACAAAUAAUUCAAUUAUGUUGUCUGGCAUGACAGAAACACCCGGUUUACAGAUGGGGGACAGGAUGUUACAAUUAGAGUUGGAUCCACCUAGCGAGGAAUUCCAAGAAAUAGCCAAGAAGGAGCUUCGAGAAAUUCCCGAUAUUUCGAAGGAGGCGAUAGCCCGCUUGAAAGAAUUAUUGCAAGCCGAGACGGAUCUCAAAAGCCCGUUGGAUAAUGAGGCCUGGCUGAUCAGGUUCCUGAGGCCGUGCAAGUUCUAUCCCGAGUCGUCGCGUGAUCUCAUCAAGCAAUACUACAAUUUCAAGAUAAAGCAUCCAAAUAUCUACACCCAUUUGAAGCCGAGCAACGAGAAAAAUAUCUUCGAGCAUGAUAUACUGACGGUGCUGCCCAAUCGCGACCAGCACGGCCGACGCGUACUAAUAAUCGAACUCGGCAAGAAGUGGAAGCACAACAAGUGCAGCCUAGACGAAGUCUAUAAGGGUUGCGUGUUGUAUUUGGAGGCCGCCAUGCUCGAGCCGACAACGCAGAUUGCCGGUGCGAUCAUCAUCUUCGAUAUGGACGGUCUUACUCUGCAGCAAACGUGGCAAUUCACUCCGCCGUUCGCCAAGAGGAUAGUCGAUCUGCUUCAGGACGCGGUGCCGUUGAGAAUCAAGAAUAUACACGUCGUGAAUCAGCCGUACGUGUUUAACAUGGUGUUCGCUCUGUUCAAGCCCUUCCUGCGAGAGAAGCUGAAGAAUAGAAUAAUUUUCCACGGCACCGAUCGAAAAUCGCUGCACCAAUAUAUUUCGCCAAAACAUCUGCCUGAGUGUUACGGCGGUACUUUGGAUAUUUCAAGGGUAGAUGGACCGCAAUGGUACGACCUAUUAGUGCAAUAUGACAAGGAAUACGAAGUUAUAUCUUCGUAUGGCUACAAGAAAAAAUAAUUUCUCCGUCAUAAUAAAGCAAAGGGUGUAGGUAGAUGGACUCUAUUUAGAAACUGAUCUAUUUAGAAACAAACGGGAAGGGCAAUUGCGUGAGAUGUACUGAUCUAAUGUCGAUUACCAAGAUUAUAAAUGACUUUUGUUUGUCGCUUGGAAAGUUUUCGACGAUUUAAGCUUUUUUCUCAUUUUGUAACUGUCUUUAUCACAUAUUAUUAUAUUAAGUGCUUGCAAAAGUUCGUAAAGUCACAAAUAAAUUGCCUCAACAGUCAGAUGAGUCAUUUUAUCGGCAACGGCCAACAUUUUGAUGGAAAUAUUAUAUCAUUUGGUUGUUAUCAAUAAAUUAAAACGGUUUUAGUAUCUUACGACUUUUUACAAGUACCUAAUAAGUCAGCGUGCCUCUCUAUGCCUGCCAACGGCAUCUUUGUCAAGUCUAAUUUCUAAAGUCGGACGAAGAGAUGUAUCACGAGAUAUGAUUGCGUCGCAGCGCGUUGCGCCGUUUUCCGCAUUUUUCUCCUAAUUUUGGCGUCAUGGAAAUCAUGAUCCAAAUCAAAUGUCGGUGAUCUCAUUUUGAAUUUGUUGCCACUCUUUCGUCUUUACGAUCGUGUGAUAAAAGUAUCGGGCAUUCAGUAUAGAUUCUUUAUUUAAAGAACGUUGAUCUUUUAUUUAGAAUAAUAUUCUAUUUCAAAUAAAAAAUUUCAUUUCUUUUAAUAUUUCCCUAGGCGAUAGUGACACCAUAAUAGUGUUGCUGCUAUAUGGUUCCAUGCAAUAUUUUUCUUAUUCAUUUAAAGUCUUACACAUCGGUUUGUGUAUUCAAAUAGUAUAUAUGUAAUAAUCGUGCGCGCAUCUGGUGGUUAUCUUGGCGUAGAAAUAGACGUGUGUGUUAAGAAAUAAAUAUAGUAUUAUUAACAAUUUAAUAUUUAUUUAAUAAACAUUAUACCGAUAUAGAUAAAAUA